GCGAUCUGAGCUGCACACUGCGGACCGCGGCGGAGCGGCAGGUGGUCUAUUGCACCUUCUUAGACAUGGAUGUUAAUAAGAAAAUGGGCUCCUUUAGACAAAGAGGCUCAGUAAUUUGUGAUAAAGUCAACAACUGCUUUGGAAAAGAGAGAUAAAUAAAUAUUUUAAGGAUCAACUGGACAGCCAGCAUGGGUAGAAAAGGCAACACAUCAACUGCAGAUGAAAGUUGCCCCGGUCCUAAAUGUCAGAUUUCCUGAGACUGUAGUCGAGGCUGGACUGAAAUAAAAUGAGGUUUCUCUUCUAUCACCUGGUUCUGCUGGUGUUGCCCUGUGCUAGCUCAGCUUAUGGGCCCAAUCAGAGAGCUCAGAAGAAAGGAGACAUUAUACUAGGAGGACUGUUUCCAAUUCAUUUUGGAGUUGCUGCCAAAGACCAAGACUUGUCAUCAAGACCAGAGUCAACAGAGUGUGUAAGGUAUAACUUCCGUGGGUUUCGCUGGCUACAGGCAAUGAUAUUUGCAAUUGAAGAAAUAAAUAACAGUAGCACCCUCUUGCCCAACAUCACACUAGGAUACAGAAUAUUUGACACCUGCAAUACUGUGUCUAAAGCACUUGAGGCCACGCUGAGUUUCGUGGCUCAAAACAAGAUUGACUCUCUGAACCUGGAUGAGUUCUGUAACUGCUCUGAUCAUAUCCCAUCCACCAUUGCAGUAGUGGGGGCGACUGGAUCAGGAAUUUCUACUGCUGUGGCUAAUUUGCUGGGACUGUUCUACAUACCACAGGUUAGCUAUGCAUCCUCAAGUCGGCUUCUCAGCAACAAGAACCAAUACAAAUCAUUUCUUCGGACCAUACCCACCGAUGAGUAUCAGGCAACAGCCAUGGCAGACAUCAUGGAUCACUUUCACUGGAACUGGGUAAUCACUGUAGCAGCUGAUGAUGAUUAUGGUCGCCCAGGCAUUGAAAAGUUUGAGCAAGAAGUUCAGGAAAGGGAUAUCUGCAUCGACUUCAGCAUCCUCAUCUCCCAGUAUUCUGACGAGAAGUACAUACAGGAGACAGUAGACCGCAUUAAGAACUCCUCAGCCAAAGUGAUAGCAGUUUUCUCCAGUGGCCCAGACCUGGAGCCAUUAAUCAAGGAAAUUGUAAGGCGUAACAUCACUGACCGAAUCUGGCUUGCAAGUGAGGCAUGGGCAAGUUCUUCCCUCAUCGCCAAACAAGAGUUCUUCCAUGUGGUAGGGGGAACAAUUGGAUUUGCAUUACGGGCUGGCCAAAUCCCUGGCUUCCGACAGUUCCUACAGCAGGUGAAUCCAAAAAAAUCACCACACAAUGGAUUUGUACGAGAGUUUUGGGAAGAGACGUUCAGCUGUUAUUUGCGUGACAGUUCAGAUUAUAAGACCGCAGGGCUGAUGAAUCGGCGUAACAGUGAAGUCCCUCAGAGUGGGAAUGUGAGUGCAGGUUUUCGUGCACCUUGCACUGGAGAAGAGAAUAUUACCAGUGUGGAGACUCCAUAUCUUGACUACACUCAUUUACGCAUCUCCUACAACGUGUAUGUGGCAGUCUACUCUAUUGCCCAUGCUCUGCAGGAUAUCCUCACGUGCACCCCUGGGAAGGGCCUCUUUAUCAAUGGCUCAUGUGCAGACAUUAAGAAAGUGGAAGCUUGGCAGGUGCUAAAACAGUUGAGACACUUGAACUUCACCAACAACAUGGGAGAGCAAGUAGACUUUGAUGAGAGUGGAGAUCUGCUUGGAAACUACACCAUUAUUAACUGGCACCACAACCCAGAGGAUGGCUCUGUCAUGUUCGAAGAAGUGGGGCACUACAAUAUGAAUGCCAAAAGUGGGGAGAGGCUCUACAUCGAUGAGAGCAAAAUACUUUGGAAUGGAUUCCUCAGAGAGGUGCCAUUUUCAAACUGUUCAAAGGACUGCGAUCCUGGUACUAGGAAGGGAAUCAUUGAAGGGGAACCCACUUGCUGCUUUGAAUGUGUGGCCUGUCCCGAUGGCGAAUACACUGAUGAAAGAGACGCUAGUGAAUGCAUCAAGUGUAGUGAAGACUCCUGGUCCAAUGAGAACCACACAUCAUGCAUUCUGAAACAAAUUGAAUUUCUUUCCUGGACAGAGCCCUUUGGAAUAGCACUGACACUUUUUGCUGCACUGGGGAUUUUUCUAACGUCAUUUGUGCUGGGGGUCUUUGUGAAGUUCCGGAAUACUCCUAUAGUCAAGGCCACCAAUAGGGAGCUAUCAUACCUCCUGCUUUUUUCCCUUAUCUGCUGCUUCUCCAGCUCCCUCAUCUUUAUCGGAGAACCUCAAGACUGGACCUGCCAACUACGGCAACCUGCUUUUGGUAUCAGCUUUGUACUGUGUAUAUCCUGCAUUCUGGUAAAGACCAACAGAGUCCUACUGGUUUUUGAAGCCAAAAUUCCCACAAGCCUUCACCGAAAAUGGUGGGGUCUUAACCUACAGUUUCUUCUUGUAUUUCUAUGCACAUUUGUGCAGAUAAUGACAUGUGGGAUAUGGCUAUACAACUCCCCUCCCAAAAGCUACCGUAACCAUGAGAUGGAUGACGAGAUUAUAUUUGUUACCUGUAAUGAAGGCUCUCUGAUGGCCCUAGGAUUCUUGAUUGGCUACACCUGCCUCCUGGCUGCAAUUUGUUUCUUCUUUGCUUUCAAGUCCCGCAAGCUCCCAGAGAACUUUAAUGAAGCCAAGUUUAUCACAUUCAGUAUGCUUAUCUUUUUUAUUGUCUGGAUCUCUUUCAUCCCUGCUUAUGUAAGUACCCACGGAAAAUUUGUGUCUGCCGUGGAGGUCAUUGCUAUUUUGGCCUCUAGCUUUGGCUUGCUAGCUUGCAUCUUCUUUAACAAGAUCUACAUUAUCCUGUUCAAACCUUCCCGUAACACCAUUGAAGAGGUGAGAUGUAGCACAGCUGCUCACGCGUUUAAAGUUGCAGCCCGGGCCACUUUGAGGAGGAGUACUGUCUCGCAGAAGAGAUCCAAUAGCAUCGACAGCUCCUCUGUAUCCACACCCAACUCAUCUAUCUGUAGCAAGACCAACAGCGAAGAACAGUCACCCCCUGGUGGGAAACAAAGGGAGUGUAAGCAAAAGGUGAGCUUCGGCAGUGGAACUGUCACCUUGUCACUCAGCUUCGAAGAGGCCAAGCGAAAUUCCACAGGCUGCAAACACAUGAAAAGGAGAAACUCCCUGGAAGCUAAAGCCAGCGAUGACAGUCUCAUGCGUCAAAAAGCACUACUUCCUCUACAGAACAGUGAGGCGGGGAGCGAAAUCAGCUUCAGAACAGCCAGCAUUAGUCCCUCGCAGGAAUCGGUCAGUGAAACUUGCAAUUCCAUGGAUACAGCUCCUUUUUCCUCAGGGAAUUCCAUCUAUCCUUCUAGCAAUGCUGUUCCAGAGACGUCCAACACCUCUUAA